AAAGUAAAGGUGGACGGAGAGACCAGGAUAUGAGAAUUUUUUUUAAAAAAAAAUCUAUUUUCUGUUUUUUCUUUUUGAGUUUCCACGUAUGUUUCUCCUUGUUAUACGCACUCUUUUCUUCUUCUUCCCGUGUUGUCUGCACCUUCCCAUUCCUCUGAACAUUUCUUCGCCCACUCCCUUCUUCGUCGAUCCAUAUAUAGACAAAUACUCUUCUUCCAUAUUCACAAAUCACAUACAAAGACAUAAGACAAAGUCUUUCAAUUACUUCGACCGCCAUUGAUCAAAUACACCACACUCGUAUGUCAUCUUUCUCCUUCUUUCCUAAACAUGAUUUAUGCUACUUUACCGAUUACGGAUCACCUCACUUGAAAUCAUAGUCCUCUCCUCGUGAAUUAAGAAGAAAUACAAGUAAUUGAUGUGAGAAAUAUAUGAGAGGAAUGUUAUGAAUUGUUGUAAUUACAUCAUUACGAUGCCAGUGGCAAAGCUCAGCAUUGGUGGUACUCCAGAUGCAAUGAAAGACGAUGAGGUGAACUAUUCACUGGAUACUUCCUUUAGGCAAGCUAUGGGAAAGGAAAACCUGCUUCCAUUACCAAGAAUGGGAGAAAGUCCUGUUCAAUGGAUUCAGUGGCUUCAUUCUAUAGAUCAACCAGAUAUUACUGCAUGGCCUUUAUCGUAUGCUUCAAAAUUUCAGAUGCAGAAGUGUGAGAAAUGUUCCAGGGAAUUUUGUUCACCUAUCAAUCAUAGAAGACAUAUACGGCUGCAUCGCAGAUCGUUAAAUUUUGAUAAGGAGUCUCGCAAAUACAGGGAUUUGUUGGGAGCAUUUUGGGACAAGCUCUCAGUGGAUGAGACUAAGGAGGUUGUAUCAUUGCAUGGGAUUUCACUUGAGGAAAUUUCUGGAUCUUCACUUGUUCAUGCCUUGGCAACAGCUUUGGGAAAACCAGGGUUUUGGUCUCUUCCUCGUGUUUAUGUAAAGGCUGGUUCAAAGUUGUUGGAAGUCAUCCAAGCUAAACCUUCCGGGCUUCCAGUGACCUCCAAGGAAUUAUUCAACAUCCUUGAUGAUGCUAGUGAGAGAACAUUCUUAUGUACUGGCACAGCUGAGUCCGUGGAAAAAUAUGUUUUCGAAGGAGAAGCUGCCAAAAUUGGUUUCAACUCAAACAAUCUGGUUGCUUGCACUAGCUUCCUUUUUGAACAGAAGCUGGUUAAAGCAUGGGUUGCUUACAAACAUGCUGAAGCUUUGAGAUGCCAAAAGUUGCUUUUUGAGGAGGAAGAAGCUGCUCAAAAAAGGCAAGCUGAGCUAUUAGAGAGGAAAAAGGUGAAAAAGCUUCGACAGAAAGAACAGAAAGCAAGGGAACAAUCAAGUGAGGAAAAAAGAAACCUGGAGGUGCUAGCUGAUUGUUUUGAGAUUCCAUUGGCAGAAGUACAUAGCCUUCCAGGACCGUCUGACUCCUAUUUAAAUAAUCCUGAUGUACCGCUGGACCCCUCUACCUUCUCCAGCAAUGAAGAUAUGAGCGUUGAAUCCCAACGUGAUCUCUCUCACCAUCACCUGGAUUCGGUUAAAGUUCAGAAUGUUGAACCCCAACCAGUGUCUGCCAAUAAUCGACGGCUUUCUGCCAAUGCUGAGUGGCAAGCUCCAAAAUCACAGAGGUUUGGGCAAAAUGGUAACAAUCAAAAUCAUCAAGCAAAAGUUGAACCUUUACAGAAGCACAAGGACAGUGGUACCCCUGUUAAUAGCAGUAAGAUAUGGACAAGAAAAGUUAGAGUGGGAAGUGAUGAUGCUUCAAUACUGGAGGUGCGGAAAGAGGCAAUAGAUCAAAAGCAGAGAAACUCUGAAGUGAUGAUUGGUUCUAUAUCUAUUCCAGUGAAAGAUUGCAGCACUGACCAACAGGGAAACUGCCCUGCCGAAGCAAGAGAUGAUUUUGGAAUCACAGAGCAUGCCAUGCCCAGAAAGUGCAAUAUUGUAGAGAAGCUAGCUAAGCGUAAUGCUUUUCAGAUUGGGGCAAGCAGAGCAGCUGCCAAGCUUUGGAGGCCUGUGAGGCAUGAAGUUGGAAGACAAGAUCCUGAAGAGGGUGUCAUGUCUUUGAAGUUUGAUGAUUGGACAUCCUCUCCUUUGCAGUCGUUUGCCCUGGGCAGCUCUGGCAGCCGUAAGAAUUGUCAGGUUCCUGAUGGAAAUGCACAUCAAGAUUUGGGAUGUUCAAGUAUCGCGGCAAAAACUUUUCUUUCUCAGAGAUGGAGGGAGGCCAUUGCUGGAGAUCAUGUCACAUUAGUGAUUUCUCCUGACACUGAGCUGUCAGGGCGCCCAGACGUGCCAAAUACCAGUUCAAAAACAGUCCCAGCAUCGGAUUCUGGAGAACAGUGUGUUGUUUCCAGAGCUGACAAUCAGUUAGCAAAAGAUGGAGUUCUUAAUUCAUCUUCAAGUAGAAACAAUAAGGACAAAUUUAGGCCAAAGCCUACAAAGGGUAUUAAGACAAAGUACAUUCCCAAGCAAAAGAACCCAUCAUUCAAGAAAUAGGUAACUUUGUUAACUCUGUACACUAGUGUGCAGUUCCUAGCCAGUGCAGCAGAGGUUCUUUUUUACCAGCGGUUUUCUGUCAGAGAGUUAAACAGAGGGUUGUAGAGAAGUUUCUUGUCCCAUCCCCUCUAAUUUGAGUCCUCAAUACGAAUUUUGUGGCUCGGGCUUUUGCAUCUUAAAUUUCUGUUGUAAUAAGGUAGGAUUUUUCUUUUUGGUCUCAUUUGUCAAUUUUUUCCGCUCACCAGAUAUCUUGUAUGUUCAGGCAGUGUAUGGAUUCAAAUCAAUUGAUGAAAUGAUCCCAUAGAUUGCAGGAGCAA